AUAUUUUAUUCCGUGUGUUGAGGAGACGUCGCUAUGAUACACCAUUGUAUCAACAAACGAUAAAAAGUCAUUGUAGAAAAUAACCGGUAUUUAUUUGAGUAACUUUUACUUGCAACAAAUAUAUUGAAGGUCUUGUUUAAUCCUGUGCGUAUUUAUAGGUGACAACUAUAUCAAUAAAAAAAAAAAAAAAAAAAAAAAAGAAAAAAAAGAAAAAAAAAAAAAGAAAAACAUUCCAAUGAAAGCAGUCUUACAACGAUCCUUAUAAAAAUAACUUAUUUUAAAUGUAUUUAAAUUUGCGUUGUAUUUAGUUUGAGCGACAUCUGUUAAUAUCACGUGAAAACAAUCCCAGUGAAUGUAUUGACAAUCUUUAAUUGUUAUUGAUCGGUUAAUAGCAAUAUGUCUAAAAAGGCAAGAUUCUACAUUACGAUCUUGGUGUAGUUAUAUUAUAUUAAUUAAUGAAAAACUACUAAGUGCUUUUUCCUUAUUAUAUGCACGCAUUUUUGUGCACGCACUAUUUUCAUAUACAUAUAUCACUGGAACAACUAAAGUUGAAACUCAUGGGUAUUCAAAGUCACAAAAACUCAGUAGUCGUAGAAAAACCAAUGAUGAACAACAGCUUGAACUUCCUCAGACUUCCUCAAGUGGUUAUGCAUCAGGAAGUUCUUUCAAACAAAAGAAGCCUGGUAUUUCUCAAAAAGAAGUUUCGAUGAAUAGACAAGUAUCAAAUAGAAUAGUCGCAUCAAAGUCUAAUAAUUCAAAAUCUUUGUCUACAUCGGAAAGAAAUAUAACGAGCAAUAAGGUACGAGAUAGUAGUGUGAAAAAAAGUCAAUUAGCUCAUAGUACAGAUGCGAAGCCUUCAAAAAAGCAUCAAAGCACAUAUUCUGAAAAAAGAGGAUUGAGUACCAUAUAUAUACCAAAGUCAAAUUUAAUUGGUAAUAGUUCUAAGGGAAAAAAGGAAACGAUAAAAGAAGUUACAAAUAAAACAAUCUCAAAUAAUUCUGUAUCAACAAAUAAAAUUGAUCCACAAUCUAAAAUACGGAGAAACUCUAGAACAUUAAGCUCAGAAGAAGUAAAAGUAUUACAUUCACUUAUGCGUAAAGACAAUUCUAAACAAGAGGUGUCUAAGAAAAAGGAAAUAACAACGAAUGUAAUAACUAAACAAGAAAAUAUUAAUCAAAAUAAACACGAUGACAAUUAUUAUGCAGAUGAUUUUGAGGAAUAUGAAUCAGAUUUUGAAGAAUGCACAGAUGACGAGAUAUUAGAGGCCAGUGAAAGUUCAAGUGAAAAUGAAAUUAAUUUAUAUCAAAGUCCAAUUGAACUUUCCACUAAAGAGCAACAAAAAGUGGUACAUAAUGCAAACAAUCAUAAAGUGGAAGAGGAAGAUAUGCAUGAUUCUGGUCAUUAUGAAUUAGCCGAAGCAAAAAGAAGAGCAAUGAUAAUAGAAACAAUGAUUACAAAAGGGCUGAAUAUACCAUUACCAUUAUCAGAUCUCCAAGAAACAAAUAAAGAGUAUAGUGAGGAUAAAUUAUUUGAAAACAAGUCAUUGCCAUUGUCCAUGGAUGAGGGCUUCGAAGAUACUAGAUCUGGUGAUUUUACAAAGUUACCAUCUCUUUCACAAGUUGCAUUGAUUGACUUUUCUAAAACUAAAGAUAAUAGUAGUAAAAAGCUAAUUACUACUGAAAAGUUAAUAAAAUUAAAGAGCAGAGGAAAACAGCUAUUAACUAUGAUAAAAUUGAAUACUUUAACAUUUUCUUUAUUGGAAUGUGCACCAGUACCAUAUGAGGAAUUUAUUAGAAAUUAUGGAAAAUUACAUACUCAACAGAUGUAUACGCAAACGGGCGACGAUAGAUCAGAAGCUGAAACACAGACGAUUGAAAUAUGUAAUGUUAAUAAAUGGACACAAUUUCCGAUAAGUUGUAAAAAUUAUAGAAAUGGAAAUAUAAAUUUAUUUGCUAUGGAACAAGCUGGUGUUGGUAGUGAUGAUAAUAUCAAUCUGGGAGAAGUUAUAACAAAGCCAUCUUUUGAUAUAUUGCAAUUAAAUGAUUUUGUACGUCGUGCUGCCACUGUUAUAUUAUCAUUAUUAGAAGAAAAAAAGUUUGGUGGGACUAUUUUUCAAAAUGAUGUUCAAGAAAUAUCUGAAAGUGAUGGUUUCGUCAAAUUUGAUAUAAACUCAAUAACAUUCCUUGCUGGUAGAGAAGUAACAAUGAUAAAUUAUUCGGAAAGCUUAAAUAAAGUUUUAUUAACUAUUCAUGCUCCCUAUGAUGAUGAAAUUGAAACGGUACACAAUCAGAAUGAUAUUACGGAUUAUUGCAUUGGAUGCGUAUGGAAUAUUUGUGAACCAUCUUUACCAACAAAAUUAUUUUAUUCUACAUCUCCUAUUACUGCAUGUUGUUUUCAUCCAACCAACUACAAUAUUGUAUUUGCUGGAUUAGAGGAUGGAUCCAUAAGUCUUUGGGAUUUGAAAGAAAAUGAAAUAUGGCAUCACAAAGUGGCUAAUAAUAUUAAUGGUAACGAUUGGAUUAUAAGAAUACCGACAUAUACAACAACAGGAAAUCCAGAAAUUUCAACACAUAACUCAAAGAUAGUUGCAAUACGUACUUUGUCUAAAACAGAAAAAGUAUAUACAGAAAUGAGUAAAAACAAAUUCAUACCUAUACAGCUAUGUAGCAUAGAUGAAAAUGGUAAUUUUAUAAUUUGGAGUGUGUUCUAUAAUUUGGAAUCAAAUGUCAAUGAUUUAGGCCUUAGUCAGUGGGGUAAUAUAAGGCUAAUUAAAAGUCAAGACAUGUCUAUACAAUUAAAUGACAAUGGUACAAUUAUUGACAUGCAUAUAGAUAAUAUAGAUUCUAAUAGUCUUUUUGUUGCAACUGAUGCUAAUGAAAUAUUGCAUAAUUCUUGCCUCAAUUGCAGAGUAAAUCCUUCAGUGUACAAACGACACAAAAUAGCCCCAUGUGGAAAUACAUCAUGUAUUGAAAUAUGUCCCUUCAAAGCAUCUUAUUUCUUGGUUGGUUGUAAUGAUGGUACAAUUCUUCUUUAUUCAUCGAAUAGAGAAAAACCUAUCUUACAGUUACAACAUGAUAAUCAUAAAAAUAAAAUUAUAGUAUUGAAAUGGUCGAGAUCUAAGCCAUCUACAGUUUAUAUUUUAAAUAAUAAAUCACAAAUAUAUACAUGUAAUUUGCAAAAUAAUGAAAUGCAUUAUGUAAGUAAUUCUUCUUUAACAAAAUGGGGACAUAUAAAUUGUAUGCAAUUAUGUUCUUGGAAAACUGAACAUGAUAAGGUUUCCCAAUAUUUGGUAUGUAAUAAAACUAAUAUCAUUACAUCAUGUGCAUCAGUAAUAAAAUUGUCGCUACAUAAAUAUAUAAAAAAUUUUUCAGAUACUUGGAACAAACCUUGGUACUGUGUUAGUGUACAAAUUAAAAAAGGAAUCUUAUUGUUCUGA